CAACUCCAAUUUUCCCAGACUUUUCAAAGUGCGCCAUUUUACAGAGCCACUCAGAGAAUGGAAGGCAGUGAAAGCGAGGCAGUGUUCGAUUCGCUGAACGUUAAUCCGCAGCUGUUUAUCAACGAGGUCUUCAACCUCGUCGAUGAUUUGGUCGAUGACGCUUGCAAUCAUUUCCACCAACAAGCAUCAACCUCCCUGAAGAUCGAGGGCACUGACAGAACCCAAGAUUUAUCCAAGGGUAUUAAUGUUAUCCGCAAAAAGGUUCAAUCAGAUAUUGAUAAGCGGCUAGCUAUGUGGGAGCAGCACUGCCAUAACCACUUUUUUCAAGUUCCUGAGGGGUUCAUGCUGCCCAAAAGUGAUGAAUCACCUGUCGACACUUCUAUAUGUCAAAAUGCAAUCUGUGACCCAGACUUGGAUGCCCAGUUGGAUUUAUUAAGGAACAACCUUACUAAGGUUGGUCAGGAGUCUGCUGCGCUGAACCGAGAGCUCCAAUCAUUAGAACGACAGUCUGCGUCUAACGAUCAUAUUUCUGCCUUCGAUGAGAUUUCACUACUAUAUGACCAAAACUCUUAUCAUGAGAUGUUCCAAGAGAUGAUGAAGACAGCAUCAGAACUUCGGACAAAAAUAGGAAAGCUGAAGACCAGAAAGAUAGAAGAAACCGAACACAAUAAAGCAGAUAAGAUUUACAACCCACACAGAGAUCCAUCUAUGAUGGGUAUUGGCAAAGGCUUCUCUGGUGCGAAGUUGGAAGAUCUUCAAGAAGUUUUAGUCCAUUUGAAAAACUGGUGAACUUGAUGUACACUCUAUUUUGCAGGCUUCUCUGAUGCGGAGUUGGAAGAUCUUCAAGAAUUUUAGCCAAUAUAAAAAAACAUGUGAAAUUUAUGUAUGAUUUUGUCACCCUUGUAGUACACAAGUCAUGCCUUUAGGCAGUUGUAAGUCUUUCCCCACUCGUCCAUGAACUUGGAAUGUAUUGUUAAUGUUUGAGGUAUAAUAGCCUGUACUGUACUA